UACGGCAGUAAGUAACAUUAAUAAGACGCGAUAAUUGAACUCUACCGAGUACAUCUUCUCUAAUCUCUAUUCUGCCCCCCAGAAAAAGCAAGAGGAACAAUGGCGGGAAUGGGAGAUGGAUAUGUUGGUUCUGCCCAGGAUGCCGUCAGAAUUCGGAGGCUUGAAAAGCAACGAGAAGCUGAGCGUCGCAAAAUUGAAGAACUCAAGAGCAAAACUGCUUCCACUCAAGGCCAAGCUGGUCUUCUUCAAUUUGGUUCCGGCACUUCCGAGAUUUUAGAGACCGCAUUCAAGAAAGAAACUGUUGGUCUUGUUACAAGGGAGGAAUAUGUUGAGAAGAGGGUCAAUAUUCAGAAUAAAUUUGAGGAAGAAGAGAAAGAGAAACUGCAGAAGCUACUGGAAGAGGAAGAAAAGCUUCAGUUAGAAAAGCGUCAAAAGAGGAAGAGAAAAGUGAACCCGCGAUUAUCAUUUGCUGAAGAUUUCGACGAUGGUACUGAGGAAGAAGAUGAAAAUAAUAUUGAGGAACCGGCCAAAUUGAAGUGUGGAAAGCUUGGCAAGGAUCCUACGGUUGAAACUAGUUUUUUGCCAGACAGUGAGAGGGAAGCAGAGGAACUAGCAGAACGAGAGAGGCUAGGAAGACAAUGGCUUCAAGAGCAGGCAAUGAUAAAAAACGAGCCUCUUGAAAUUACUUAUAGUUAUUGGGAUGGAACGGGUCAUCGGCGAGUAACCCAGGUGCGCAAAGGUGAUACAAUCGGAGUGUUUCUGCGGUCAGUCCAGCAGCAGCUUGCUCCUGAAUUCCGUGAAGUUCGAACUUCUACCGUGGAAAAUCUACUAUAUGUUAAAGAGGAUCUAAUAAUUCCACAUCAACAUAGUUUCUAUGACCUGAUCAUAAACAAGGCGAGAGGCAAAAGUGGACCGCUUUUCCAUUUUGAUGUACAUGAAGAUGUUCGAACAACUGCUGAUGCGACAAUUGAAAAGGAUGAGUCACACGCUGGAAAAGUUGUAGAAAGACACUGGUAUGAGAAGAACAAACACAUUUUCCCUGCAUCAAGAUGGGAGAUAUAUGACCCAGCAAGGAAAUGGGAACGUUACACAAUCCAUGGAGAUUAAUCGACCCAAGACCAAGAUAAACGUGUAACAGAGAUACAAUUUUUGCCAUUUCUUAGUGUAGUUCUGUAUCUAAUUAUACAUUUUAUUUGUACCUUUUGGUGAUAAGUACUGAUGAUAAGCAUAAGAUUAUAGGUGAAGGGAUAUGUUAAAGUUUUGAAAGAGGAAGUGAAGGAAAUGAAUUAGAUUAAAGAGGAAGUAUUUGGUUUUUCAA